UCUCUCUCUCUCUCUCUCUCUCUCUCUCUCUCUCUCUCUCUCACUCACACACACACACACACACACACACACACGCUGCCCUGACAGAUCUCUGCCUCUCAGCCGUGUAAGACAGUUCGUGCUCCGCUCUCUCCGGCUCUCCCUUCCCGUCUCUCCCUCCGGUGUCUCUCCCUCUUUCCCUCGUGUGGCUCCAUGAAGAGGUUCCUCAGCCAGGUUCUCCGGAGACUGGUGUCUGUGUCCAAGGACCAGCCCUGGUUCCACCAUCAGAACCCCCACCGCAGCUGUCCCUGGACCCGUAGCCGGGCUAAGGAACAGCCCCAGGGCCAGGAGGGGAAGCAGGCUCCAGCACCUGCCCCAUGCGGGGUGGAUAAGACGAUCCUGACGGUGUUCCUCAACGACACCCAGCAGAUGCUGACGGAGGUUCCCAUCACCCCGGAGACCACCUGCCGAGACGUGGUGGACUUCUGCAAGGAGGCCGGGGAGAGCGGCUGCCACCUGGCAGAGGUGUGGCAGGACAACGAGAGAGGGAUCCCUUUCGAGCAUCUGAUGUAUGAACAUCUGCAGAGGUGGGGCCCGAGGAGGAUAGAAGUCAAGUUCUACCUGCGACACGAGGAGUGUCCGUCUGACUCCAGCCUGCACGAGAGUACAGAGCAGAGCAGCACAGUAAGAGGAGGGAACGCCGACCUGCUCACAGACAACCAGGCUGGGGUCCCUCGUGUGGAGCUCACCCUGUCAGAGCUACAGGAGAUGGCUACACGACAGCAGCAACAGAUAGAGGCCCAACAACAGAUGCUGGUCGCCAUGGAGCAGAGGCUGAGGUACCUGAGGCAGCAGGGGGACAGGCAGGGGCAGGGUCCAGGGGGCCAGACCCAGUCUGAGGCUGAGAAGCUCCAGAGGCUGAAGGAGAAGGUGGAGAGCCAGGAGGCCAAGCUGAAGAAGAUAAGAGCCAUGAGAGGACAGGUGGACUACAGCAAGCUCAUCAAUGGCAACCUGUCGGCAGAGAUCGAGCACGUGAGCGGGCUGUUCCAGGAGAAGCAGGCCGAGCUGCAGUCAGCCGUGCUGAGGGUGGAUCAGCUCACCCAGCAGCUGGACGACCUGCGCAGGGGCCGCCUCAACGGCCUGCAGCCUCUCGGAGCUCCCCUCAGCGGCUCGGCCGCCCUGGAGCUCAGGAAGCUGUACCAGGAGCUGCAGGUGCGUAACAAGCUGAACCGCGAGCAGAGCGGCAAGCUGCAGCAGAACAAGGAGCUCCUGAACAAGAAGAACUCCGAGGUCACCAUGAUGGACAAGAGGAUCGGGGACCUGAGGGAACGCCUUCACAAGAAGCGAGCUGAGGCACGUCACACAGACCACACACGCUCCUUGACUAGGGUGAACGGGGGUCCCCCGUCCCCCCCAGCCUGCCCCAGCAGCUCAGGCCGGGUGGCAGCCGUGUGUCCCUACAUCCAAGUCCCCGUCCUGGGGCGGCAGGAGGGGGGGUACAGCCUUCCCCCCGACCCCCUCAAACCCCCCCCUGGCUUCAACCAUGCCAGAUCACACUCAGAGGAAGAGGGGUGUGGCGUGAGGAAGCCUCCCAGCCAAUGGAAGGUGUCAGAUUUAGACGUCCUAUUGGCCCCUGCGGAGCAAGGGGAGGGGCCUAGGUCCCCCUCGGGGGCGGAGAAUGUCAACUCAACCGACGGUGCUUGGCCCGGCCUCAGUAAGAGUGUGUCGUCUUUUCAGCCCUCUGAUUGGAGGAACACCAGUCUGGAUCAGAUGGACUCCAGUAAGCUCUCUAUGUCCAGACCCCCACCCAGCUAUGGCACCUACCCCAGCACAGGCCACCCCUCCAUGGGCUCGUCCACCAGCUCUCUGCCCCGCUCGGCCCCUGCCACCCUGGCCUGGCAGAGACCCGGGACAUCCUCCACCUCUCAGCAGAUCCAGCAGCGCAUAUCCAUACCCCCCAGCCCCACGCCCUCCUCCCAGCCCCAGGGGGAGAGGCAGGAUCCCCCCUUGGCGGUGGCAGUGCGUCCCUACGUCCCAGACAAGGCCUCCAGGCCCCAGUCCCCCAGGAAGGGACCGGCCACCAUGAACUCCAGCUCCAUCUACCAUAUGUACCUGCAGCAGCCGGCCACCAAGAACUACGGCUCUCUCAGCAACAGGAGCACUGUCAAAGCAGUGUAUGGUAAACCAGUGCUGCCCUGCAGUUCCACCUCCCCCUCCCCUGUGCCCUUCCAACAGGGGGCGCAUUCUCCAGGCGGAGGGAUGGGAGGAGGAGAAGACGUGGUAGACAGGGAGGGGGGCGACAGUUCACUGCCCCCGCCAAGCGUACACAACAUCCCCCGCCCCCUCAGCCCCACCAAACUCACCCCCGUCGCCCACUCUCCCCUCCGUUACCAGAGCGACGCCGACCUGGAGGUCCUGAGGCGUCGCCUUGCCAACGCACCCCGCCCACUCAAGAAGCGCAGCUCCAUCACAGAGCCCGAGGGCCCGGCCGGACCCAACAUCCAGAAGCUUCUGUACCAGCGCUUCAACACCUUGGCAGGGGGCAUGGAGGCAGGCAGUGCCACUCCCUUCUACCAGCCUGCCUUCCUGGGCACAGGGCUGGCAGGAGGCCUGGGCACAGGGCUGGCAAGAGGCCUGGUAGAGAUGGAGAAUAACAACACAGCCAACGUUUCCCUUCUAGAGUCUGCCUCCCUGGUGGUCUCUUCGGCAGAGGGUCCCAACUCUGAUCCCCGCCUGUCCCCCCCCACCCCUGCAGACAAGCAGAGGACCUCCCCCAUCCCCUCCCCGUCCCCCUCCCCUCCUGGCCAGUCCGCUUCCUGCACGGCCACGCCCCAGCCCAGUCCCCCGGCCUCUGAUAGGCUGGAGGAUCAGAACAACAACACCCAGGCUGGGUCCAAGUCCCCUGGCUCCUCCCCCAGCCCAGAGACCACCCAACCACAGCAGAGAAACCCUUCCCCUCGGACCAUGACACCCACAGCCCCGCCCAAGGUGAAGCGUACCAACCUGAAGAAGCCCGAGUCAGAGAGGACGGGUCACGGCCUGAGGGUGAAGUUCAAUCCCUUGGCUCUUCUCCUGGACGCCUCUCUGGAGGGAGAGUUUGACCUGGUCCAGAGGAUCAUCUACGAGGUGGUGAACCCCAGCACAGCUAACGACGAGGGCAUCACUCCGCUCCACAACGCUGUGUGUGCAGGCCACCACCACAUCGUCAAGUUCCUGCUUGACUUCGGGGUCAACGUUAAUGCUGCAGACAGUGAUGGAUGGACUCCUCUCCACUGUGCAGCCUCUUGUAACAGUGUUCACCUGUGUAAGCUCCUGGUGGAGUCUGGGGCGGCCAUCUUUGCCACAACCAUCAGUGACGUGGAGACGGCUGCAGACAAAUGUGAGGAGAUGGAGGACGGAUACGCUCAGUGCUCCCAGUUCCUCUACGGUGUGCAGGAGAAGCUGGGUGUGAUGAACAAGGGCUCGGUCUACGCUCUGUGGAACUACGAGGCUCAGAGUCCCGACGAGCUCUCCUUCCACGAGGGGGACGCCAUCACCAUCCUGCGUCGUCGUGACGACACAGAGACGGAGUGGUGGUGGGCUCGGCUACAUGAGCACGAGGGCUACGUGCCUCGCAACCUGUUGGGGCUCUACCCCAGGAUCAAGCCCAGACAGCGCUCCCUGGCUUAGCUCCCAGCCUCCCGAGCCUGAGGAGGGGCGAGCGAGCGCCUGGGCUGUGUCGCCGAGAGGAGCGUGCACGUGAACAGUGUUGCUGAAGGGACAGUGCACGUUGUCUGCAGUGGAUGGCUGUGCGCGCAGAAGAAGAGGGGAUUGUGGUGGAGGGACAUAGAGAGAGGACAUAGAGAGAGGAUCCCAUGUGGUCAGAGGCAGGCACACGAGUGGUCGCUUACCAAAGAAGAAAGAGACUGUACCAAGCCAGACAGCUAGCUCGAGAUUCUCUCUCCCCCUCAAGGCUGAUAUUGUCUUAUCGAUUCAAACACUGUUUUAUUUCUAUUUUUCUAAGCUCAACCCCCCCCCCCCGCCCCAUCCAUAAGAACAAGACCUUAACUGUUAUCUGUGUGACUAGCAGAUGUGUGAAUGUGAUGUCGAAGAGGGCGCAGAGGAGGAGAGGAGUCAGUCAGGAUGGUUUGAAUGUUUGCCUGGUUCUGGAUAUUUGUGCUUCUGCUAACUCCCAGCUUCUGCUAACUCAUAUGGUCAAUAUUGCUCCACCGGUAGCUUAGACGUCAUGUAUGGCUUGACAGCAUUGGCUUGCCAUGAUAGGAGUUGGCAUGAACACAUGCAUGUCUGGACACGGGCCAUGUGCGAAGAGUUGCCAAGCAGCUGGAAGCUCCUCUAGACAUCCUCAGAGGAGCAAAUAGAGAAUGUAUUUGGACAUGUGAGGAAAGAAGGAAAGGGUCUUAGCAGGUUGAUACUAAGGACUUAGAAGGCUUGAGAUGCAGGUAGAGAAACGAUAGAGGAUGAGAGAUGUUGAAAUUGUUUUUGAAAUGUUCUGGAAACCAAAGAGCUGCGUUGUGAUGGACAGACGGGGAGAAGAUGUCAUGGGGAAAGACGGGCGGUGUUGUCUUCCACAGGUGUCCUAUCUAUCCUGAUAACUGUAUGAGUGUUGCACCGUCAGCCAAUCACAGAUAACUAUACUUGCUUGAUAAGCCAACCAUAUGACUCCUUGAUGGGUCGUCAGAGUUUGUAUUCAUAUUGAGUUGAGAUGUUUUAGACAUGCACCACAGGCAUACAUUUGUAAAUUGUAUUAUUACUUAUAAUUCAUAUUCUUAUUUUUGUGUCCAGGUGUUGUCUAUUUAAUACCCAUGCACAACAACAGAUAUUCAGACUCAGUGAUGUUUUGUUGACAGGUUUGCUGAAGGUUGAGUGCUAUACCAUCCACUGUAUAAGAUGGUUCAUGUGACAUACAGAUACAACUUAUGCAACAUGUAAUGUAAAUGUAAACAUAAAUAUGUUCCUGUAGAAUGGGAAGAAAACAA